CGAAACUCCCCCUUUAGCCAUUGAUACAUUUCAAAUGGGCUUUCUUUCCCUAUAUUAUGGCAUUCGGGGGCUCUCUUCAUUGCUAAAGGAUCACUGCGAGCUCAUAGGAGACACCCGAUGAAUGAGAGUCGGGAGAUCAGUACUCAAGACUCCUCAACAGACGCGAACUUUGCUAGAAGACUGAGAGAGUGAAGUUUGUCUGUUUAGUGUUGUGUUUGAGUGAAGGGUCUUUGGAAUAAGUAACUGCGCCGUUUUUUUCCAUUUAAAAAGAAACCGGCGUAAGGACAACGAAAUACCUUUCGUUGAAUAUAUGAGCCACAAUCUUAAAUAUUCUGAAGCAUUUCUAAACUGAAGGCAUCAAGGGGCAAAAGAGAAAACUCUGAACAGGAAUGGAGAACAGACAAAUAAAAUCUGGAACCGCCGAUGAGAGAGGCUGAGGAGCUCAGCAUAAAUACAGAUUUGUUGGUUCACUGUAGAUAACAUUAGGAACAAUACUGUAACACUGCAAUGCCAGAGGAUUCCAGCAAAGCUGCAAUGAAAGUGCCCACAGUUCCAGACAAGGGCCCUGUGGAGAAGGCUUAUGCCAAUGACUGCGUCGUGACAAUUGUGCCAUUGGUCAACGAAGUCCAACUGACUGCUGCUACCGGGGGAGCUGAAAUCUCCUGUUACCGCUGUACCGUGCCUUUCGGUGUGGUCGUCCUUAUCGCCGGGAUCGUGGUCACGGCCGUCGCCUACAGGUUCAACUCGCAUGGGUCAACCAUCUCCAUCCUGGGCCUGGUGCUCCUUUCCUCCGGACUGCUGUUGCUGGGCUCCAGUGCUAUCUGCUGGAAGGUUAGGCUACAGAAAAAGAAGGACAGACGAAGAGAAAGCCAGACGGCCUUGGUGGUCAGUCAGAGGAGCAACCUUGCCUGAGGGAAAACAGAUGCAGAAUGUAGCAAAGAGGCCUGAGCUGAGACCUUCUCUGACUGCUCCUCUGAUAAAGAGAUGCAUACCACAUCCAGAUGUUCAGUUAGCACUUGCCAUCAUCAACACGAGCGAUGCUGACCACCGUAGCUUUGCAGGCAUACGGUCUUUGCCAGAGACUAUUUUCCCUCCGUAUAUUCAGGUCAGCCACAGCAGCUUGUCUUGGAUGACGGCCAGUCGGCGUGCAGCAAAAUCAAGAUGUAUUGCCGCUAACUGGAAUAUAGGAAGCAGAGCAUUAAGUUAUUGCUGCGUCCCUGUGGGUGAUGGUGCGGGAAUGAAAACAUUGUAAAGCAAAAGGAAAAAAAAAACGUUGACAAAGAAGCAUCCUCUGUUUCUGCCUCCUACAUAUCGAAUUAUUAUUCAUUGAAUUUUGAACAUGCGGUACUGCAACUGUACAUAUAAUUAAUACUGUCAUAUACUGUAAAAUUCCAGAAUAGUAAAACUGCAAAAUAGUUCUGAGAUCAAAUUAAAUAUGCAUAGCUUGAAAAGAUUACAUACACGUCGACCAUUUGCAAAUUGAAUGAUCUGCAUAUUACGUACAUCUGACUUACUGUGAAGUAAUGGGACUUUGGAAGACAGUCUAGUUUACCUCACAUGCAAUAAAUAGUUUAUUAAUGCACUUUUGUUUCAUGCGUUAAUUACCAAUCCUGAAAGAUAAUCUAAAAAGAUAAUUUUGAUAAUCAUUGCCAUAGAAUCUUCAGAAGUUCCCCUGAGAGUAACAGAAUUUCAGAAUAUCAAAUACAACAAAUUAUUCUGGACAAAACAUUACUUGCAUUUUUUGUUGAUAUUUAUGACAAUUAUUGUACUUAUAUUUUGAUUCAUUAAACUGUUUAAUGAGUGUUAUUAAAGUAAAACAAACUGAAAUAAACAUCUUUUGUCACUCACUUAAA